CUUAAAAAUAAGAAUGAUUGUUUGAAGGCUUGAUCUUGCAAUGUAAUGGUCAACUUAUGACAUUGUUAAUAAUGCCACAAAGGUUCAAAUGAUACGCAUUGCUCACCAAGGUUCGAUUGCUAGUUGAUAAAGGUUUAAGCGAGUUGACCUUCCCAAGAAAGCUGACAUAAUUUCAAAUCACUCCAUACACUUGAAAAAAAGGCAGGUUGUUCUGGUGAAGAUAUGAAGUUCGAAAUAUGUGGCGGUCUGGAUGCUCCCGAUUGGCUACUUGCCGAAAUAAUCACUCUGGGCAAUCUGUCACCAUUUCAAAUAAAAGAAUUAACCAUGCAUAUACUUCAACACAUUGUCAAAGGCUCUUUUGAUUAUGGAAGUGUUUUAAAGCUUAUGUCAGAUUCUCUAGAUUCGUCGGAUAUAAAGUCUUGCAUUUCAGCUUUGCAUUUCUUGGUUACUAAUGCUGCCAAGUUUGAUCUCGAUGAGGAAACUCUUUCUCGAGAGCUACAACAAUUGGGGAUCCCAAAAGAACAUACUGAUUCCUUAUGCAGACCAUACAAGGAUAAUAGGAACAUGAUGCAAGAAAGGUUUCUUGAACAGAGUAUACAAUUGCCUGCGUCAAGCAUUGAUGGAUGGCAAACAUGUACUGGAAAAGGGAAGUCUGUCCUUGCACAUUUCAAGAACAAUGAAUUCAUGAAACGAGGGCAAGAUUCUUUCAAUGGACUUAUGUACCUUUCUGAGGACAAAUUUCGGAUAUUGCUGAAAGAACUGAAGAUGGCAAGAUUGUUGAUGGACGGUUUGGUCUAGUUUGUUUGAGAAUGCAUUGCAGAAAAAUUUGAACAGGAACAUGAGCUGCAAAAGCCAUUGAAAAUUUGUGUAAUCAAUAUGUGGAUACGAAAAAUAAGCUGCACAGAACUUGAAAGUAACAAUUUACAUUAAAUUUAUAGGAUGUCAAAACUACAUAGGAUGAGUGAUGUGAUAAAUUUUCCCUUAAACACCUGGGUUGCAGCAACCACCUCAUAACUUUUAACUCGCUUGUGAUUGUGAAGAAUAAUUGCUGGAUUUAUUUUUAUGUGCGAAGUUUUAUAGAGUCAAAUAGAUUGCUAUAGAGACACAAUGGCAAAUUUCAUCGUGAA